UUAUAACUUCUUAAAACAUUGUUCUUUACCAUCCCCAGCCUCUACGGAAUUCAAUACCUUCAAAUUUUUUAUUCAUUAUUUUGCAAACUAUACAACUCAUUAAGGAACUACCAAAUCAACCUUAGCUCAUUUUCUAUCCUUCAAACAACAAACUGAUAGGCCAUUUCACCUUCUUAACAAUAUUCAUAUAAGUAUUCAAAACAUAUAUAAAUGCAAUACAAUGUACCUGCAUUCAUAACAUUCAAAAUAGUAAAAAAAGUUCGAUAUCGAGCAGAACAGAAUGGCAAGCUUGAGCGGUUUCAUGUCUGUGUUAACCUUUCUCUUAUUCCUCUUUGUUGAUUUAAUGUCUUCAUCUGAAGCUGCCAUAAAGAAAUACCAGUUUGAUAUUCAAGUGAAGAAUGUGAGUAGGUUGUGCCAUGCAAAACCUAUUGUAACUGUAAAUGGGAGAUUCCCAGGGCCAACUAUCUAUGCUAGGGAAGGAGAUCAAGUUUUUGUCAAUGUUACCAACCAUGCACAAUACAACAUGUCUAUUCAUUGGCAUGGACUUAAACAGUAUCGUAACGGUUGGGCGGAUGGACCAGCUUAUAUCACACAGUGUCCGAUACAGACCGGAAACAGCUAUACUUAUGAAUUCAACGUUACUGGGCAGAGAGGAACACUAUGGUGGCAUGCACACAUUCUUUGGCUGAGGGCUACUGUCUAUGGUGCAAUAGUAAUUAUGCCUAAACUUGGAACACUGUUUCCUUUUCCACAGCCAGCAAGAGAAUUUGAAAUUCUCCUAGGUGAAUGGUGGAACAAUGAUGUGGAAGAGAUUGUAAAGCAAGGAAACAAAAUGGGGUUACCACCGAAUAUGUCAGAUGCACAUACAAUCAAUGGAAAACCAGGACCACUCUUUCCUUGUUCAGAGAAACACACAUUUGCGAUGGAGGUAGAGCAAGGGAAGACAUACCUCCUGAGAAUCAUCAAUGCUGCACUCAACGACGAGCUUUUCUUUGCAAUUGCGGGUCACAAUAUGACAGUAGUGGAGGUUGAUGCUGUUUAUACAAAACCAUUCACCACUCAGGCAAUACUAAUUGCUCCUGGUCAAACCACAAACGUUCUGGUUCAUGCGAACCAAGUUUCUGGCAGGUUCUUCAUGGGCACCAAGGCUUUUAUGGAUGCCCCAGUUCCAGUUGACAACAAAACUGCUACAGGUAUACUUCAAUAUAAAAACAUUCCAAACACUGUCCUACCCGUUCUUCCACAGUUGCCAGCUAGCAAUGACACAGGUUUUGCUUUGAGUUACAACACGAAACUCAGAAGCUUAAACUCUGCUAAAUACCCUGCCAAUGUUCCACUCAAAGUUGAUAGAAACCUCUUUUACACUAUUGGUUUAGGCAAAAAUUCUUGCCCUACAUGCCUCAAUGGAACCCGGUUUCUUGCUUCCAUAAACAAUGUAUCCUUUGUGAUGCCUCAAACUGCGCUUCUCCAAGCUCACUACUUCGAUAUCAAGGGUGUUUUCAGAGCUGAUUUUCCCGAUAACCCUCCAAUUCCUUUCAACUAUACCGGUGUGCCAUUAACGGCCAAUCUUGGUACUUCAACAGGCACAAGAGUAAACCAGAUUGCGUUCAAUUCUACCGUGGAACUAGUUUUGCAGGAUACCAAUCUCCUCACAGUUGAAUCACAUCCGUUUCAUCUUCAUGGAUAUAACUUUUUUGUUGUUGGAACUGGUAUUGGUAAUUUUGAUCCUGCUAAAGACCCUGCUAAAUACAACUUGGUAGAUCCUAUGGAGAGGAACACUGUUGGGGUUCCCACUGGUGGUUGGACAGCAAUUCGUUUUCAGGCAGAUAAUCCAGGUGUUUGGUUCAUGCAUUGUCAUUUGGAGCUGCAUACUGGUUGGGGGUUGAAAACAGCUUUCCUUGUCGAAAAUGGACCAGAACAAAGUCAAUCUGUUCUGCCACCACCAAAGGACCUUCCAUCAUGCUAGUCAUCGGUUAAAAACCAACCAAAGAAAAAUUGAAUUAAACAGUAUUCAAUGGUUUUUACUGUUUUUGUCUAUUCAGCCUUCCUGUAAAAGUUGCAGAAGGUUUAUCAUUAAGAGCAAAAAUAAGAGGAAACAAAUGUAAAGAAAGACUUCAAGGAAUUCUUCUAUUAAAUUUACAAGUAAUGAAUGAUUCUUAUUCUUUAUUUAAUUGUUACUUGCAUGAGUAUUACUAUAGACUAUUACAUUUC